AUUUUCUCGCAGUAGACGUUUUCAGUUUUUUUCGAGCAUCGGCCGCGUCGGACCGCGAAGUUUUCCGCCGGUGAUUACGGUGAGCCGCACGGUCGGGCGUGCCCCAAAGUGGUCCCCGUAGAUGGACAUUUAUCCCGCGGUUGACGAUCCCAGCAGGCAAAAGUUUUAGUUCAACACUACAUCAUAGAUCGUUGAAUCCUUUGAAUGGUAGUGCUGAUAGGAUAUUACGGUCCUGUUCAGCAACGGAGAAGGACAACCAUGGGUGGUCUCUCAUGCUCAUGCUCAUGCUCAAGAAACUCCAGUUUUAGUUCAACACUGUGAAAUUUUGAAGCUGACUGAAAUAAGCUGCUCUCAAAACGGUGUUUGGAUUCUUCGACUAUUCGCAACAUACUUCAAAGUUUUACAACCCUAAAAGUUGAUAAAACGACUCUAACCACCAGUGGUGCCUGGAUAAUCCCGGAACAAUGAUCAACCAACCUGGAACAGUACAUCAACCAUUCCUUGGUGUUGGUGUUCACGAUCAUCACAGCCAGGAUGACGAGAGAAACCCACUGAAAUUUGAGGUUAACAGUGACACAUCAGGCUGUGGUUCUUCCGUCAGCUCAGAAUAUCUUCAAGCUAGGAUUCGGCUACUCGAGGAACGAAGGAAGUUUCGCUUGAACUACGCCCGACAGGAAGAAGAAUAUUUCAAGCAAAAACUACAGCUCCUGGCUCAGCUGGAAGAGAUCGACAGUGACGUCAACAAGUUCAGCAGCAAAUACGAACAUCGGAACUACGCGCAAGGAAAUGUUACUCACUGGCUAGGAGGAGAAAACAACGAUUCCCGUCAAGCAAACCCGAUGACGUCACCUUCAACAAUGUUUCCAGAAGACGAUAGAUCAAGGUCAUCGUCGUCGUCGUGUUCUGCACUCACCAGAUCCUCUGCCGAAAGAAAGGUGCCACAACACCACUCAAUCGGCGACGUGUAUGGGUCAUCCAACGGGUCGGGGCAAUCUUCUUCAAAUCUUGCCUGGCCAGGGUUGAGCUCGUCGCAGCUAGCUGCUCGUCAGGUCAUCCCAAGUGAACUACCGUCGUUCGCUGGACACCCUCAGGACUGGCCACUCUUCAGCAGCGCAUUUCGAACUUCCACACAGGCGUGCGGUUUUAGUGAUGUGGAAAACAUAGUGAGAUUACUAAGACCAGCAUUGGAAUGCGUAAAAAGUCGUUUGUUGCUGCCCGUGUUUGUUCCAAGUAUAAUGAAAACGCUGGAAAGAUUCUUUGGUAGGCCAGAACUCAUUAUAAAUAGCUUGUUGGGGAACAUAGAAUUUGUCGCGGUGCCAAAAUCGGAAAAUUUGGGUUCGAUCAUUCGGUUUGGAAUAGCAGUUCAAAAUCUGGUUGAUCAUGUAGUCAUGUUAAAUGAGCAAAACCACUUGCGGAAUCCAUUGUUGUUAUCUGAAUUGGUAAGCAAAUUGCCUGCUAGUUUUCAGCUGAAAUGGUCAACAUUCAAAAUGAGCAGGGCUACACACUUCGAAAAAUUCGUGUAAUUUUCUGUUGAUUCAAUGCACAUAACUGGAGCGUCAAAUAAGACGUAAGAUUAUGUCUGAUUUGAAUAUAACACGAGCCACACAACCAACCGAAGUCGCGUAAAAUUACAUUAAACGUCAUUCUUGUGGGAAAACAUUCUUAUUGGAAUUAGUUAAUUCAUACGAAAUGAAAGGUCACAUGUUUAUAUUCGAUUUUAUCGGUAUUUUUAUUGAACAUAACAAGAAUUGUAUUAAACUCAUCACAAUAAUUGUAUUAUUCAUCACUUUGACUCACAACACUUUUGUUUUUCCGUUUUAUUUUGAUCACUGAAAUCCCUCGCACCCCGUCUCCGAAUUCCCGACGAUUCCCCGGAGGUCCACUUGCAAUCAGUUCUCUCGUGCCACUUUUUGUCCUCACCGGGCUGAACUGGUAACAGGUCUUGACUAGCCGGCUGAUCUGAUCCGGUCUUCAUCAGCAUCAUAGUUCACUUCGGCCUGGCCAAAGCGCACAUUCCAGAAAGAAUUCCGACGGAAGGAAAAGCAUCUGUAAAAUUAUGAAACUGAUAAUAAUUAAUCUGGAAAACACGAAAGUCAGUUAUAUUUACCUUUGUUAUUUCCAAAUAAAUGUCAUCAAUGAAUGAUGGAUAUUAUUUCCGGACAAAU